UUUUGUUUUUUCUGAAGGGAAGGGUGGGAAGGGUUGUUUCUGCUCUUGCACUAGAUGCACAGAUGUCAGUCUCUUAACUCCAUUUGGAUGAACUGAGGUACUCGUUUGAUAGAGAUUUCUACCAGCACGGUGUUCUUCCUGACUGACUUGAACAGUUUUGCAAAGAAGAAUUGUCACGAGCAUUGGGAAACGCUUCCCAUUCAUCUAACCUCAUCUAUAGCCCAUAUUUGAAUUUUUCAGGUCCAGCAGUGACAAUGGGUACAAGAAAGAAGUCAGGUGGGCCCAAAUUUGAUUUGAGUGCUGAACAGCGAGCUGACAUCAAAGAAGCAUUUGAUCUCUUUGACACUGAAGGCAAAGGAAAAAUUGAAACGAAAGAACUGAAGGUUGCCAUGAGGGCACUUGGGUUUGAACCUAAAAAAGAGGAAAUCAAGAAAAUGGUUGCUGAAGUUGAUAAAGACGACACAGGCAAACUGUCUUUUGAAGAGUUUUUGAACUUGAUGACAACCAAAAUGGCUGAAAAAGACACUAAGGAAGAAAUCAUGAAAGCUUUCAGACUUUUUGAUGAUGAUGAAACAGGGAAAAUUACAUUUGAAAAUUUGAAAAGAGUAGCAACAGAAUUGGGCGAAAAUUUAACUGAUGAAGAACUUCAUGAAAUGAUUGAGGAGGCGGACCGUGAUGGUGAUCACAAAAUAAGCCAAGAAGAAUUUUUACGCAUUAUGAAGAAAACAAGUCUCUACUAAAUUUUCAAUGUUCAAUCAGUUUUAAUCUGGGUGCAUUUAUAUUAUAAUAUUCUCUCUUGAAUUCUGGUAAAAUUUUCAUUAUGGUAUUGUAUGGAAAGGCUAAGAGGUUUCCAUUCAAGUUUUCUUACCUAACUACUAUGUGUGGUGUGGUUUAAUGGUGAAGGUGUCAAUGACCUGGUAUUCUAACUGGGCCUCUAAGUCUUUAGGAAAUCCAAUGCUACUUUGAAUUUCCAUCAAUUACAAUACAUGCCUCUGUCUGCCCUAAUGCACAUGUGUUUAAAUUGUGUUCUGUGAUUUUACUGGAAAGUAAGGUCUAACUGCCUCACUGAGGAAAGAUUCUCUAUUCAUUGAUUCAUUUAGAAGUAUUCAUUUAUUCAAAGACUUAUAAAAUCCAGAAUUUUUUUUGUUUGUUUGUUUCUUUCUUUCUUUCCAUGGCUUUACUUGAGUAUUAAUAUAAAUUGUUCCCUGUGUGAUUGUAACUUACCGAAACUUAAUAUGUAUGAAGUAAUUUUAUUUUUCUGUUCUAAAGAUAAUCAGUGACAUAUCCUUAAAUAAGAAUUUUGUUAGUAUUUUAGAUGUUGGUCCAUGUUAAUGUUUAUCAAUACUUUCCAGAAGAUUGUAUCUUUUGUGAUUCCUCCUCAUGUACUAGUAAGAACAUUGCCAUUCCCAAGUCUGUUAUUAUUGCAUCACAAUUAUUUUGAAUUUUCUGUGGCAUGGUGUAUUUUCCUGACUCUCUACUGUGUCUAGUCAUACCCCAAUUAUGUUUACUGUGUUAACUGAACAAAUUACUGAAAGUGUCAAACAGAGCAUACCUGUUUAGUAUUUGUACCCUGCCAGUGUUUUUUCCUAUUGUAUUUAGUUUGUAAGUCGUGUGGCCUAUUAUUUGCUUCAAUGGAGACCAUGCUCUGAAGUUUCAUGGGGUGUUGUAAUAUGGGUGCCACCUGAAACCUAUUUUUUUGCUCGCCCAAAUAAAUGAGUAUUUAUCUCAAA